UAGCUUGCUUACGCGCCGCGAAUUCGUGACACGAGCACGAGCGUGACGAACGCGGAGUGAGUGCGUACUGAAAAUAAACAGAGAGUAGUGGUGUGGUGACAAGAGCGCGGGUCGAACGAUGGCUUCGCCGAACAAGAAAGCCAAGGAAUUAGAGGAUCCAGGUUCGGGCGAGGGUGUUGAAUCACGCGAUUACGACAUUGAAAUACAAAAGACACUCGAAGAGAUUGACGGGUGUCAGAAUCAAAUCGAUGGCCUCAAUGAGAAGGCCAGCGAUGAAAUCCUCGAAGUCGAGAAGAAGUAUAAUAAGUUGCGUAAGCCCUAUUUCCAGAAACGGAAUGACAUUAUUAAGAGGAUACCCAAUUUUUGGGUCACUGCUUUUGUAAACAAUAAGGAAAUAGCAGAAAUAUUGGAAGAAGAUGAGGAAGAUGCACUUCGAUUUUUAAAUAAAUUAGAAGUUGAAGAAUUUGAAGAUAUUAAAUCAGGUUAUAGAAUUAAUUUUCAUUUUGAUGAAAACCCAUAUUUUGAAAAUGACGUCCUUACAAAGGAGUUUCAUCUAGGUUCUUCUGGAGAUCCAGCAUCUCAAAGUACACCUAUACGUUGGAAAGAAGGUGCAGAUUUAACAAAAAGAGCAAAAACCAAAGCCCCAUUAAAAGGUCGUAAAAGGCCAUUAAAACACAGGUCAUUUUUUGAUUGGUUUACGGAUCAUGGAGAUCCAAGUUCAGAUGAAAUAGCAGAGUUAAUUAAAGAUGAUAUGUGGCCUAAUCCAUUACAGUAUUAUUUGGCACCAGAUAUGGAUGUUGAAAAUGGCAUUGAAGGUGAUGGUGAAGAUUGCGAUACGGAAGAAGAGGAAGAAGAAGAAGAUGGUGGUGCGGAUGAAGGUGAUGAAGCAGGUGAAGGUGAGGAAGGAGAUGAUAGCAUAGUUGUUGUCGAAGAUGAUGUAGAUGAAGAUGAUGAGGAAGAAGAGGCUGUGAAUGAUGAAGAUGAUGGAGUAAACGAAGAGGAUGAUUUAUUGGUAGAUGACGAAGUGGAUCGUGAAGAUGGCGAGGGAGAAGAACCAGAAUAGAAUAUAAAGUUGGUUUUCCACAAUAUUGGUUACACUCAUAGACACUAAAAAAAGGAUCGCUGAAAAUACACAUCAGGUUGAUUGAAAAUAAAUAAAGUUUGCAGGACUGAAAAUAUUGAGCCAUAUGAAUACACCUUGGGACAAUUUUGGGAAAAUAAAGUAGAAAACAGAAUUCAGUAGACCUGAUCUUUAUCGGCGUGAAGGAAAUUGUAUGUACAAAAGUACAAUAUUUGUUUGAUUGUGCCGAAACAAAGAAAAAAUGGUCUGAGAUAAAUUAGAUAAGUUUCACACUGCACUUUGUUCUAAAGCUGUACCGCAAUACAGUACGAAUUCCUUAGUUAUAUUCAUAUGGCCUAGUCAUUCUCUAUAGAGUAGGUAUACGAUGAAGAACACCUGCUCAUCUUCAUCGUGAUACAAUUACAUUAAGGAAAGAAUAAAUUAUAAGAUAUAAACGAGAUAGUGGACAGGUGUUCUUUUCGUCUUGUUUUGUCACAAAAAUCUAUUUCAUCGCACUACUUCCGGAACGAGGUGUUUUAAAUAUUUUUGAGAGUGACAGUAUGAUAGAUAUAUGUUCAAAUAUACAGUAUUCGAUUUUUAUCGUGAAAAGAUUUAAUUUUUUAAAAUAGUAAAAUGUGUGUGAUACAUUUAUUAAGAAUUGUAAUUUAUUAUUAGAAUACAUUUAUGAAUUAUAAUCGUAAUUUACAGUUACAGUUUGUUUAUUAAUUUAGAAAUGUAAAGAAAGUGAAGGUAAAUUUAAUAUAUUUUCAGUAAUUGAAUUUAUUUUGAAUGUCAAUUGGAAACAUAUCGCAAAACAUAGUAAUGUGUACAAAGCUGUAUAGAAUGUAAAGAAUUCAUGCUUUUUUUACAACUUUAUUAUAAUUCUGUUAUAUCCGCGGUGUAACAUUACAAAUUUAUACUAUUUGAGAGUGUCGAACGUUUUUAUGCAGUUAUUUUUCAUUAUGUAACAUUUUGUGAUUUUCAUAUUGAUGAUAAUACACUGAUGUUUUACACACACACACACGCGCGCGCGCGUGCGCGCACAUUCAUAUAUGUAUGUAUAUGUAUUAAGUUUACUAUCGAUCAAAUUGGUUUAUUAUUUCAAACUCAAUUAAAUCUCUAUCCAUUUUGAAUGCAAAUAAAAUGUAACUAUUACAUUAUUUUAGCGCAUUCUUUUGUCACUUUUUGAAAAUGUAUCAUACUACAAUUUAGUGAUGUUGAAUGAUAUAAUAAAAUCAAUUCUAUUAUGUUAAGUAUAUAAAUCUGUUGAAAUACGAUUUAAAUAAAUCCAAUGCAAUACAAUCGGUAGAUAUAGUAAAACCCAUUAUUUUGGUGGAUAUUUAUUACUGUUCUAUUUAUUCAAAUAUACAAAUAUUUGUAUUAUAAUUUGUCAAAUGUUCUACUUGAUCAAGAAUUGAUACUUGUCACACUCAAAAUGAAAAUCAAUUCACGAAGGUCACCUCGUUCUUCUUCCAGAUUUUACAUUAUAAAUUUUCCACUUUUGCGAAGAGAAAAUAUAUCGCAAGCGUUUUUCAUGCGUAAUUUUGACACGUACUUUUAAUUCUAACAGCACCUUUAUACAUUAUUGUUACGCGCCAAAGGUGAAGUUAGAAUGAGGAGUAAUCAUAACUCUGUUAUAUCUCCCGCGAUGUGCCAACUAAGAACACAUUGCGAUCGAUUUUAGAUUUCGGUGCAAAUAAGGGUUCUAUUGAAAGGUUUGAUUAAGCGUUUCCUUUGGAGUCUAGGAAAAAUCAAAUAAUUACAUCGCCCAAAAUAGUUAACAUGCAGUUACAUCUGAUUUAAUUACUUAAAGUUAUCCAAGAAACAUGUUUUAGGAUAAAAUCUGUUUAUUAGCUCUUGGAUAAAACAGUUUCGAAUUAAGGAAAAUCUUUCGAUUAACAUGAAAUUAUUAUAGUAUUGAAAAUCUCUUAGAGUAAGAUUCCUAUUUUUCUACCAAAUAUUUAAAGGUUAGCAAAGUAAGCAAUUAUUUGAUUCCUCCUAGAAAACGAUAAGGUACGCUUGUCUACGACAUAUUCUGUCAUAAUUAUCAGCCAAUGUCCUGAAGUGAAAUAUUCAAUGUUAAUGCGCGUUAACGUGACGUAUUAGACCUGCGUAGAGAUUUGGCAUAUGGCCGCACAAAGGGCACCUAUGUCCGAGAUAACUGAGUCAGAAUCAGACGGACGUACAACAACUGGGUGUAAGAAUUUUCUGAAUCAAUCGACGUACUCGUGUCACGCAAUCAUACAGUAAAUGAACGAAAUAAAGUUGUCAGUUUGAGAUAGGAAUGAGUUUUUUAUAUUUGAAACUACUUAGAAAUACGCAAAUGUAAGACGUUUUAAUACGAAAAAUGAUUCAACAUUUUAUCCCAAAUUUUUACUUUUACAACAUUAUCCGAGCAAAACGCAUUCAAUAUUGUUAUAUCAAUUUUCAAGUACCGUCUUUGCACGAUUUAUUUUUCUGCUUAUUUUUCGUUGCAUGAAUUUUCGUUUCUUUUAUCUCUUAUUUUCUAAAAAUAUUAUUUUUAUUUUAAAUUACCAUCCCUGAUUUUCUUCCUUUCUAAGGAUAUAAAACGAAACUUAUGAAAUUUUGUCAAAAUUUAUAUAAUUAUUUAAAGCAAAAAAUGUAACAGCUUACGUUUCAUGCUUACCUCUGUUUUACCUCACUCUUGUAAAAACUUGCAAAGAAAUUAAUAUGACAAAGGAAUAAGAUGGAAAAGAUAUAGAUAUAAUAGGUAAUAGAUACACAUAAGCAUUACAUUUAAAUAUAUACUAUUCUGUAUGAAUUUUAUAAGAGGUAAAAAAUUCAUUGAGAAAAUGCUUUAAUCGUUAUAGAGUUUUGUUGAUAUAAAGGGAAUCAGGGAUGUGAUACUAAACGACGAUUAUCCGAACUAAUUUCGGAAAUUAAUUAUCCUCGAUAAUUAAUGUUUUAAAUACUCAAUAUAAAGCAAUGAACAAAGUGUUUUUUAAAAUACGGUACUUUUGAAAAGUAGGCAAUUUCCAAGCUAAAAAUUAUCCGUUUUGUAGCGUUUCAAUAUAAAUAUUACUUAUAGUUUUACAUACGUAACAAUUAUUUUAUACAGUAAAAUAAAGAGACUCAGUCAA